AUGACAGCAACCAACACCCUGCUCACCUGCUAUGCCAUCCUGCAGCGGCUGAUGCCUUCCAUAUUCCGGGCGCACCCCCUGGUGAUAAUUGCUCCUCUUGUAACUCGCCAUGGAAAGCUGUGGUCCAACUUCUGGGGAGCCCUGAGUCCUGAUGGCUACUUUGCUCGAUAUGAAGAUUAUGUGGAUAUUGUUCAAGGGAAUAGAGUAGGGAUAUGGAAUGUCCCAUACAUGGCUAAUGUGUACUUAAUUAAAGGGAAGACACUUCGAUCAGAGAUGAAUGAAAGGAACUAUUUUGUUCGUGAUAGACUGGAUCCUGACAUGGCUCUUUGCCGAAAUGCUAGAGAAAUGGGUGUAUUUAUGUACAUUUCUAAUAGACAUGAAUUUGGAAGACUAUUAUCAACUGCAAAUUACAAUACUUCCCAUUAUAACAAUGACCUCUGGCAGAUUUUUGAAAAUCCUGUGGACUGGAAGGAAAAGUAUAUAAACCAUGAUUAUUCAAAGAUUUUCACUGAAAAUAUAGUUGAACAGCCUUGUCCAGAUGUCUUUUGGUUUCCCAUAUUUUCUGAAAAAGCCUGUGAUGAGUUGGUGGAAGAAAUGGAGCAUUAUGGCCAGUGGUCUGGAGGGAAACAUCACGAUAGCCGUAUAUCUGGUGGUUAUGAAAAUGUCCCAACUGAUGAUAUCCACAUGAAGCAAAUUGAUCUGGAGAAUGUUUGGCUUCAUUUUAUCCGGGAGUUUAUUGCACCAGUUACACUGAAGGUCUUUGCAGGCUAUUAUACAAAGGGAUUUGCAUUAUUGAAUUUUGUGGUAAAAUACUCCCCUGACAGACAGCGUUCUCUUCGCCCUCAUCAUGAUGCUUCUACAUUUACCAUCAACAUUGCACUCAAUAAUGUGGGAGAAGAUUUUCAGGGAGGUGGAUGCAAAUUUCUUCGAUACAAUUGCUCUAUUGAAUCACCGAGAAAAGGCUGGAGUUUUAUGCACCCAGGGAGACUCACGCAUCUGCAUGAAGGGCUUCCUGUUAAAAAUGGAACAAGAUACAUUGCAGUGUCUUUUAUAGAUCCCUAAGUUAUUAACUUUCCUUUGAAUCACUGCUCCUUUUGGAAUGGAUGACUGGCAUGAACAUGUUUGAAGUUACUUGAGAAGAUGAGAGGAAUAUUUAAGUAACUUCAACAGAACAACUUCACUUUGGGCCAAACAUUUGAAAACCUUAUAAAAAAAUUGAUAUAUCAUAAUGUCUGCUCUGAGCCUUAAAACACAGAUUGAAGAAGAAAAGAAAGGAAAAAAAAUUAAAAGCAAAUAUUUAUUUCUUUGCCUUAUUGUCUCUGAGAACAAUGACAGUUUUUCUGAAUAUGUGUUUCAGUUGGUAAAAUAUUCAGGUACAAAUGCACAAGUGACAAAUGAGACUAGUAUUUUCUUAUUUAACAACACCUGGGAAGAAUUUUAUUUAUCAACAUGUAGAUAAGAUGGAUAUAAGUGAAAAUUGGCAAUUUUUUAAAUGUUGGAAAACUGG